UGCUUAGGCGCCUCCGGGCCGAAGCGGCGGGAGGGCGACUGCGCAUGCGCGGUGGCAGCGGCGGCCUCGGUACGGGUGGGCCGCGCGCUCCUGGCGGCUGGCUGGGGGGGCUGCGAGGGGGUCGCUAUGGCCGCCAGCGCCAAGUCCUUCCUGGCCGAUGCGGGCUACGGGGAGCAGGAACUGGACGCCAACUCCGCCCUCAUGGAGCUGGACAAAGGCCUCAGAUCUGGCAAACUCGGGGAGCAGUGCGAAGCUGUUGUUCGUUUUCCCAGGCUCUUCCAGAAAUAUCCCUUCCCUAUUCUCAUUAAUUCUGCUUUCCUAAAGCUAGCUGAUGUUUUCAGAGUUGGAAACAACUUUCUGAGGCUCUGUGUGCUCAAAGUUACUCAGCAGAGUGAGAAGCACUUAGAGAAGAUCCUAAAUGUGGAUGAGUUUGUGAAAAGAAUUUUCUCAGUAAUUCAUAGCAACGAUCCAGUUGCUCGGGCCAUUACACUCCGGAUGUUAGGCAGCAUGGCGUCUAUAAUUCCAGAAAGGAAGAAUGCACAUCACAGUAUUCGUCAGAGUUUGGAUUCCCAUGAUAAUGUGGAAGUUGAAGCUGCUAUAUUUGCUGCUGCUAACUUUUCCGCGCAAUCAAAGGAUUUUGCUGCAGGAAUAUGUAAUAAGAUCAGUGAGAUGAUUCAAGGUUUAGCCACACCUGUGGACUUGAAAUUGAAGUUGAUCCCUAUUCUACAGCACAUGCAUCAUGAUGCUAGCCUGGCCUCCAGCUCUCGGCAGCUGCUUCAGCAGCUGGUAACAUCAUAUCCUUCUACCAAGAUGGUCAUUGUUACUCUGCACACGUUUACUCUGCUUGCUGCUUCCUCUUUGGUUGACAUUCCUAAGCAGGUCCAGCUUUUGUUGCAAUACUUGAAGAACGACCCCAGGAAGGCUGUCAAGAGGCUUGCAAUCCAAGACUUAAAGUUAUUGGCCAAUAAGACACCACAUACAUGGAGUAGAGAAAAUAUUCAGGCACUCUGUGAAUCUGCUCUUCACACUCCUUAUGACAGCUUGAAACUGGGCAUGCUGUCUGUUCUUUCCACGUUAUCAGGGACCAUUGCCAUUAAACAGUACUUCAGCAGUGCUCCAGGAACAGCCGCUACAACUGCAAGAUCAUUUGAUUUAGUAAAACUAGCACAAGAAUGCUGUUACCAUAAUAACCGUGGCAUUGCAGCUCAUGGAGUGAGAAUCCUGACAAAUAUAUCAGCCUCUUGUCAGGAAAAAGAUCUCCUGCCUUUGGAGCAAGAUGCGGUUUUUGGAUUAGAGUCUCUUCUUGUUCUUUGUAGUCAAGAUGACAGUCCAGGAGCUCAAGCAACCUUAAAGAUCACGUUAACUUGUAUGGUGAAGUUGGUCAAGUGCCGUCCCCACCUGAGCCAGUCAGUGGUUGAAUCCCUGCUGACCCAGUUGCACAGUGCCCAGGAUGCUGCUAGGAUUCUCAUGUGCCACUGUUUAGCAGCUAUUGCCAUGCAGCUGCCUGUCUUAGCAGAUGGGAUGCUAGGAGACCUAAUGGACCUCUAUAAAGUCAUUGGACGAUCUGCCACAGAUAAAAAACAGGAACUCUUGGUUUCUCUUGCCACAGUAAUAUUUGUUUCCAGUCAGAAGGCUUUAUCUUCAGAAAUCAAAACUGUUAUCAAACAGCAGCUUGAGAAUGCCUCUAAUGGUUGGACAGCCUACAGGAUAGCCAGGCAGGCUUCCAGAAUGGGCAACCACGACAUGGCCAGAGAACUGUAUCAAAGCCUGCUGACUCAGGUGGCUUCAGAACACUUCUACUUUUGGCUAAACAGUUUGAAGGAGUUCUCCCAUGCAGAGCAGUGUCUGACAGGUUUGCAAGAGGACAACUAUAGUUCAGCACUUUCUUGCAUCGCUGAAGCUUUAAAAUCCUAUCACAAGGGAAUAGCAUCACUGACGGCUGCCAGUACACCACUUAAUCCUUUAAGCUUUCAGUGUGGGUUUGUGAAACUCAGGAUUGACCUUUUGCAAGCUUUUUCUCAACUCAUUUGUACCUGCAACAGCCUAAAAACAAGUCCACCACCAGCUAUUGCCACAACAAUUGCUAUGACAUCGGGAAACGAUCUCCAAAGGUGUGGGCGCAUCUCUAACCAGAUGAAACUCUCAAUGGAGGAAUUCCGAAAUUUGGCUACACGUUAUGGAGAUCUGUAUCAGUCAUCUUUUGACGCAGAUUCAGCAACUCUAAGGAAUGUAGAAUUACAACAGCAGAGCUGCCUGUUGAUUUCACAUGCGAUAGAAGCCCUGAUCUUGGAUCCAGAAUCGGCAAGUUUCCAAGAGUAUAGUUCAAAUGGAACAGCGCAUGUUGAGAGUGAAUAUGAAAGAAGAAUGAUGUCCGUAUUUAACCAUGUAUUAGAAGAAGUGGAAUCCCUCAACAGGAAAUACGCUCCUGUGUCUUACUUGCAUACAGCUUGUCUAUGCAGUGCUGUCAUUGCCUUGUUGAAGGUACCACUUUCAUUUCAAAGGUACUUUUUUCAAAAACUGCAGUCUACAAGUAUUAAGCUUGCUCUAUCCCCAUCUCCAAGGAACCCUGCAGAACCUAUUGCAGUACAGAACAAUCAGCAACUGGCCUUAAAGGUGGAAGGAGUGGUUCAGCAUGGCUCUAAACCAGGUCUCUUCCGUAAAAUCCAGUCUGUCUGCUUAAAUGUAUCUUCAGUACUGCAGAGCAAAUCUGGACAAGACUAUAAGAUUCCUAUUGACAACAUGACCAAUGAAAUGGAACAGAGGGUAGAACCACACAACGACUAUUUCAGCACUCAGUUUCUGUUAAACUUUGUGAUACUUGGCACCCAUAACAUCACGGUAGAGUCCUCUGUAAUAGAUUCAAAUGGUAUUGUUUGGAAGACUGGGCCUAAAACAACUAUUUUUGUUAAAUCUCUUGAGGAUCCAUACUCCCAGCAAGUUCGUCUCCAGCAGCAACAAGGACAGCCACCAUCACAGCAGCAACAGCAAAGAACAGCAUACUCACGGUUUUAAUUCCUAGAAGUGACACUAUCUCACCAGAGCUGAUGGGAUCGCAGUUUUUCCUGGAUGCUGUUUUUUUUUUCAAGGCUUAUGCUUUUAAUGUUCUCCUAAGAAAGUCUCUGAUGCCACUUUGUUACUUUUUAAAUUGGUUAAGCUGAGGUAAAUUUGGGCUUGAAUCAGCAGAAGCAACUCUGUUCAAAUUUGGAGUUGCACUUUUACUAUUAGAACUUCUAUCUGUUCACUUCUGUUUACAAACCAGUUGCAGCAGGCUCCACAAACUUAGCUAAGAGGGGAGACUGAAGAGCUGUGUGACUAGUACUUUCUGUACUUUCUUUUUCCGAAGCGUGUGGGUUCUAAUGUUAGGCUCACAGGACAUCUGUUAACAUGCUGGCUAGUUAAUACAGAACUGAGUGUAAUACCAAGUCCGUAUCUCUUAAUAUGAAAGAACUGGCAGGAAUAUCCGGAGAUUUUUCUGACAUAUUUUAAUAGCAAGUUCUAGUAUUUGCCUGGUGUAUCUGUAUUUUUACAGUUCAUCAGCACUGUUUGAUAUGUUAAUGUGAAAGGAACAAAGUGAAAGCACACUUUUCAUAUGCAGUUGUGAAGAGUGAAGACUGGCUGGAGGGAUGUCAGGAGAGUCUUACAAGAAGCAGAAUUUUCUUAGUGGGAGCAAUAACUUUCUUGGAUGAUAUAGAAAAGAUUGCUCUCUUGUUUUGAAUCUUUUUCAUUUAUCUGUAUUUUAGAAGUUUUUUUUUUUAAAAAAAGGAAAUUUAAUUUGCAGGUUGUCAUUCAGUUUUUACUACUUUGUAUUUAAAGGAAUUUAUUAAAUGCCAAAGUUUUGUAA